UCUUAGCCUACCACCCCUUCCUUCUGAGUUCCCACAGAUCUGUGGGUCAAAGCUUUCAGGGCAUGGGAGUUAAAUGUGAUGGUUUUAGGAUUGCAGAUAUCAGUGAGAAAAGAUAUGGAAUCAUUGACAUAGGAAGGUGGAGAGAGAGAGAGAUUAAAGAAAGAGGAGUUUUCAUUCCCAUCUUUGGCUAUAUAGGUUCUAAUGCAUCUAGCAUACCUUGACGCAUUAAUUAUUUCAUUCAUUACAGGGAAUAAUUGUUCCUAUAGCUUUCAUUUGUUAUUCCUUUGGUUGGUGCAACUUCAUACCACCCUCCGUCCUUUGUUACUUUGCGUUUGAGGUGAGAGACAAUGGAAAAGAUGGAGAUCGAUGAGCAAAGCCUCCUGCAGGAGCUUUUUGCUCCAUGGAGGGAGACAGUUGAACCCAGCUGCUUCCAAGGGGGAAUUGACUGCUUCCAAGGAACUGCAAGCCCGGUCGUCUCACCGAAUUACGCUCCAUUCGAAGAGCUAGUCUUGCAGGCCGAGCCCAACUUCGAUUGCCUGAGUGAAGUCUACUGUCCAUUUGGAAGUGGCUUCCUGUCCGCAGCACCAGAGUUUCAAUCCUCAUGCACCAUGACGACACAUAGCACCAUUUCUUGCUCAACUCAGGAAAAUGAAGAGAUUGGUGUGAUCCCCGAAGGAAGCCACAGCACUUGGUAUCAGGAGCAGAGCAUCUGGAAGGUAGAGCCAAUGCAAACUAUGGAUACUCCUUUAGUCUUUGGUGGCGCAGGAUCUUCGUGUCUGGAGAGACGGAAUAGCCGGCCGAAGAAGGUCGAUGGCCUGCCAUCGAAGAAUCUAAUGGCAGAAAGGAGGAGAAGGAAGCGGCUUAAUGACCGGCUUUCACUGCUAAGAUCCAUUGUUCCUAAGAUCAGCAAGAUGGACAGGACAUCAAUCCUUGGAGACACCAUUGAUUAUGUGAAAGAGCUUUUGGAGAGGAUCAAGAGCUUGCAGGAAGAGAUUAAAGUGGGUCAAGAUCAGCUGAAUCUACUGGACACUUUGCAUGGUGUCAACCCCAACGAGAUGUUGCCAAGAAUCUCUCCCAAGUUCCAUGUCGAAAGGAGGGAAGGGGACACCAGGAUAGAGAUUUCCUGCACGGCGAAGCCGGGUUUGUUGCUUUCUUCAGUGUAUACUUUGGAGGCUUUGGGGCUAGAAAUCCAACAGUGCGUUGCUAGCUGCUUCAGUGAUUUUGGGAUGCAAGCUUCUUGCUCAGAAGACAAGGAGCAGAGGGCAUUCAUAAGCUCUGAAGAGAUUGAGCAAGCAUUGUUCAGGACUGCUGUUUAUGGGGGCGAGUGUGUUUAAGAAAGAGUAACAAUACAAUAUGGGAAACCUUCUUUUUCUGUUUAUUUAUCAUUUUAAGAAGCUUCAGAGUUAUUUAGUGGUGUCCGAGAAGACCUUUGAUGAGAAGAGGUUAACUCUUUGCUUCUGUUAGGGAAAGAUUGCCAAUAAGAUUGUUAUGCAUGUACUUAGAGAAGCCUAGUCUCCAGCAUCAAACAAUGACUAUGUAGUUGAAUAUAGAGUUCAUCAAGAAAUGCGAAAUGAAUAAUGUUUCCAGUUUA